AUGGAGGCUGUGCCCUACAAGGACUCCACCCACAGUACUCCCCUUGAAGCCGUAGAAUCUGGGGUAGCAAAAACCUCUGUUUCUACGGCAUUUACAGAAAUUUCAGAGCAAACUCAGCAACUGCUGCAGAAACAACAGCAGAAACCAUCAGAAUCACUGCAAUACGAGAUGGGAAAUGACAGUGAAAAAUUUGAGGAGGAAGAGAAUCAUCCACCAGAUUCUGAAUGGCUGACCUCCAUCAAAAAGAAACUCGAGCAAGCGCGUGAAGACGAUGCCUUAUGUUCAAGGAAAACGGUGUGCAUUUUCCGAGUACCCCACAGCCUACGAGAAGGCGAUAAGAAGGCUUAUUUCCCCCAGCUGGUCUCCCUCGGCCCUUACCAUCGUGGUCAAAGACGCCUUCGCCAAAUGGAUCGCCAUAAAUGGCGCGCCCUUCACCAUGUCCUCGAGCGUACUAGCAAAGACGUAGAACUCUAUCUUCAAGCUGUAAGAGAACUUGAAGAAAGAGCUCGCGGCUGUUACGAAGGGUCAAUCACUCUUAGUAGCAGUGAAUUUGUCCAAAUGAUGGUCCUAGAUGGUUGCUUUGUGAUUGAGCUCUUGCAGGGUGCUGCUAAAGGAUUCGAAAACCUUGGAUAUUCUUCAGACGACCCCGUCUUUGCAAAGCGUGGCUCAAUCCAUUCCAUUCAACGAGACAUGAUAAUGCUAGAGAAUCAGCUUCCACUCUUUGUACUUGAUCGGCUUCUGGGACUCCAGCUAGGCGAUCCAGAUCAGGAAGGAGAAGUAGCCAAGCUAAUACCCCGUUUCUUUGAUGCACUUAUGCCAACUGAUGUGCCAACUGAUGAGUCAUUUCCUGCUUAUGAAAGUACCAUUUUAGGCCCUGGCCCAAGUAGCCUUCAUUGCCUUGAUGUUUUCCGACGAAGUCUCUUGCGCAAAAGGCCUCAAGAUCUCUCGAGUAGAAAGCCUCAAAGGUUAAGCCGGUUCACGAAUUUAGGCGAAUAUUUUACAUCUCCUCCUCCUGUAUUUGUUAAACGAAGGCAGCAGUUGAUACAUUGUGUAACAGAACUCAGAGAGGCUGGAGUAAAAUUCAAGAGAAGGAAGACAGAUAACUUCUGGGACAUAAAUUUCAAGAAUGGAAUUCUCCAAAUACCCAAGCUCUUGAUCCAUUAUGGUACCAAGGCACUUUUCCUCAACCUUAUUGCCUUUGAGCAGUGCCAUCCUGAUGGCGGUAAUAAGAUUACUUCAUAUGUGGUCUUCAUGGACAACUUGAUUAACUCUCAUCAGGAUGUGGCGUAUCUCCAUUACUGUGGAAUAAUUGAGCACUGGCUUGGCAGUGAUGCUGAAGUUGCCGACCUCUUCAAUCAUCUAUGUCAAGAGGUGGUUUUCGACCGCAGCACGAGUUAUCUUUCUAGCUUGUCCUCGAAUGUCAACGGGUAUUACUACAAAAAGUGGAAUGCUUGGCGUGCGAGUUUAAAGCAUAACUAUUUCAGCAAUCCUUGGGCCUUUAUCUCAUUAGUUGCUGCUUUUAUCUUGUUGCUGCUUACCUUCUUACAGACAUUCUAUGGAGUGUAUGCCUAUUACAACCCAAGGUGAAUCAGAGCCAGGAAUCGCUCUCUAGGAAUAAUAAGCAUUUCAGUGGUGCUUUAGCCGGCCACUUGAAAGGCAUCUCUUAGCCAAGCCAGGCCAAACCCAGAUAGCAUUCUCCGCCAAAGAUGGUGGCUGUCUUCAAC